GCGUCGCCCACGCUGUCGUCAAGUCCCUCGUCCACCAUCUCGCACCCCCUUUACCUCAUGUACGACGACGACGGGACCACGGCGGACCAGAAGAUAGAGGACGACAGGUCCGUGAUAGACACCGACGGAAUCAGCAACGAACAGAUCGUGGCUACCUCGAGCGGUAUCGGCGUUGGCGUCGGUAUCGGAAUUGGAGGCACCGGUACGUCUACUGGGGGAAGCACUGGACUGGCCGGCUACUGGCAGCACGCUACCAGUGCUAGCUACUGGCCGUCGCUGCUAGACUGCUGGACCAUGCCGCCAAUCGCUUCCGGCUCGCAGACUCUGUCCCUGCCGCGCGAUGAGAACUGAGUAUGGUGUUCAACAGCGUUACGUCGCUUCAGCGACCGACGAUUCGUCUGAACGGAUCCCAUCGCGAGACUAAGUAUCUUUUCUUUGGUUUUCUUUUGUCUUUGGUUUGUGUACGGAUGAAUGUGUACGAUCGAUGCUGGCGAUGUUUCGGAUGUACUGGUUGCUUGGAUCCGGAGACUCCAGAGACCGACGAUGACUUUCGGUCGACGCACGUCGAGCCUUGUGCGAACGGUAUACGGAUCAUCCGUCACGUUGGAUCGGUAACUGAAUUUUAGGUGGAAGAAAUGGGAACGAACGGGAACGGCGUUGUACAUAUUGAUGAGAGUUCACGGGACGAUCGAGCGAUUAUAUUGGUGUAUAUUUAACGUGUUUCGAGGUGCAUAUGCUUCAACCGCGAGAGUAAUUCGCGAGGGAAUGUUCUGCCCGCGGAUCGGUGAUCGAUACGGAUUCGACGUUCGAUCGGAGGAUGUCUCUCGUCUCGGUUCUCGACGAAAAUACUCGUGCCACCCGAUGUGCAAUACGAACGAACCGCUGUAACAGCUAAUCCAACCGAAAAGGGAAGUCUUAAUGAAUACGGGGAAAGGUAUGGGGGGAGGGGAGAAGGAGAGAACAGAAGAAAAGGACGAGCUUUAUUUUCUUAAACGUUUACUUCGCUUGCGUCGCUCGCGACAAGGUGCGCGCGUUUCGAGAACACGAACGAUAUCGGAAACGAGGGAGGAAGGGAAAAAAUCCGAAGAUCGUAGUCACAAUUUCGACUGGCGUAACCGGAGAGAACGGAUGGGGGGAUUGCUUAAGUAAGAGAUCCCGCAGCGGAUCACGUACUCACUAUUUCUGUAGAUACAUGUAUAGUAGACGCUGAUUUCACGCGAUUCGUAAAUAUCUAACGGAAAAUUGUUAUAUUGUAAUUGAUGAUUAAAUAAACUACUAAACGCAGCAGAGAAUACUGAAAAGGGGAGAACGAAAAUAAAAAGAAAACAUUACGGGCUGUAAGUAUAAAAAACGAAAUAUUUGGGUGGGCGUCGCGGUAUCCGGCGGCGCUUUUGUAUAGUGUACGAGGAGAGAGAGAGAGGGAGAGAGCGUGAGAGCGAAUGAGCGAGCGAGUGCGAGAGAGAUGACAUUUUGAACGGCUAAGCGUACGUUAUAAAUAUUAUUAACAUUAUUGAGUAAUUAUAAACUGUAUUCGACACCCUUGAAUGGGGCGCGUGUAAAAAUCGAUCUUCCGAGGUGCGUCGAUUCGAUGAAUCCUUUCGUCGUGAGAAUCGCUUUCAGAAUUCAUUUCGAAAAUAAUCUUCAAACUUUUCUUCGCGUUACCGGUGAACAGAAAGAAACGUAGAAAGGGACCGUCUAGAAACAGUGUGCUUUAAUGAAAUUUACUAAAGUUGAAAUUUCCAUUGAGGGGAUCAGAUUUGUUAUGUUGACUAUCGAAAUUGAUCGAUUCGAAGGGGAACGACGCUGCGACACCAAAGAAGCUCGAGCGAGCGAUCGAUCAACCUCGGAAGUCGAUAAUAGACCUAAAAACGCUAUACAUCAACUAUCGACGUAAGCUAGAACGUAAGAAACGACCGCUAUUUUGUAUGAAUCCCGAUGUCGUACAAAUGUUCGUCGUAAUCACAUAUCCCAGUUCCGAAGCGGUGAGUGAUCGGAGAAAUGCCCGCGAUAGAAUGUUCUCAUUCCCGUUGUCGUUUCACUCACUACGUGUAAACGUUCCUACUGGGCGAGAUAUUGAGAGCGCCGAAAGGCCCCGUUUGUAAUCUAGUCACAAU